AGGUGUGCACUUGGAGACUCAUUUUUCGACGGCUGAUUAAUGCGCCAAAGAUAUCUAGAAGCUUUCAAUAUCAUCCAUAUAGCAAUGCAAUUUGGGAGACUACGUCGCGGAAUUUCUUAAAAGCCCAAUCUAUCGUCACGACUCGUGAAUAUCUUCUUGAGGGGGCUCCAUUGACGCACAGCGCUGGACAGCUUCUAUUCGAGCAAAAUACGAAACAAGGGCACCACUAAGACGCUCAAAUCGAUUUGCCUGGCAAUCUUCCAAGUUUAGAAGUAAAUAUGAAUCUUACGGAAUCGCUGUGGUUUCUAGAAGAGUCAUGGAAGCUCAACCGAACAGAGGAGGAGGAACUUAUUUUCGGGAUCGGCACGGAUAAUUUCAUCACGUUAGUGGUGUUUUGUCUCAUCUUCGUGCUCGGUGUACUUGGUAACUCCAUGGUGAUCACAGUCCUGGCCCGGAGCAAACCGGGGAAACCACGCAGCACCACAAAUAUCUUCAUCCUGAACCUGAGCAUCGCGGACCUGUCCUACCUUAUCUUCUGCGUCCCUUUCCAGUCUACCGUCUACAUGAUGCCCACUUGGGUCCUGGGCGCAUUCAUUUGUAAAUUUAUCCACUAUUUCUUCACGGUGUCCAUGUUGGUCAGCAUCUUCACUCUCUCGGCAAUGUCCGUGGACAGAUACGUAGCCAUCGUGCACGCUAGAAAGUCCUCCACUAUAAGGGUUGCCAAACAUGCUUUCAUCGGCGUGGUGGUCAUUUGGAUUCUCUCUUUGGCCAUGGCAGCGCCCAUCAUGUAUUACCAGAAUAUCUUUCACGGGGGAGAAAAUCUAACAUUUUGCUGGGAAGUGUGGCCCGACCCAAACCAGAAAAAAAUAUAUGUGGUUUGCACCUUUGUUUUUGGCUACAUUUUGCCCUUGCUGCUCAUCACUUUUUGCUAUUCAAAGGUUUUAAAACACUUGCACAAAAAGCUGAGAAAUAUGUCCAAAAAGUCUGAGGCAUCAAAGAAAAAGACAGCUCAGACAGUGCUGGUUGUAGUGGUGGUAUUUUGCCUGUCAUGGCUCCCUCAUCAUGUGGUUCACCUCUGGGCAGAGUUUGGGACCUUCCCAUUGAACCAGGCUUCAUUUGUGCUGCGAAUUGCCGCCCACUGCCUGGCCUACAGCAAUUCUUCUGUCAACCCCGUCAUCUAUGCCUUCCUGUCGGAAAACUUCAGGAAGGCUUAUAAGCAAGUAUUCAAAUGCCAGAUUGGCACAGAAGAUGUGCUGCUCAAUGAGAUCAAGGAGAUUCGCAGCAAGCCAGACACACCACCUUCAACCAACUGCACCAAUGUUUGAUUUUGAAGAUGUGCAUACGAAUAAUGUAUGUUAACUGUCAAGCUAGGAAACUAAGGAAUUUAAAGACAGUGACUAAAUUGUACAUAUUUCAUGGAAAUGUCAUAGCUUUUCCACAUAAGAGCUGUAAGGUUUAAAUUAUUUGUACAGUCAAUGUUGUCAAGUAUCUACAUAUUGCUUUCAAACCUAGUCUUGUUUAAUCGUAUGUCAUUUUGUGAAAUCUUACAAUUAAGUACGCACCCUAACAAGUAAAAAAGAUGUUAGUUUAGCUAAGAAAGCUUUUUUAAUGUUAUUCCUUUAUGAUGAACAAGAACACUCCUAGGAAAUCGCAAUUACAAUUUGUAGAAAAGGCAGAUUGGGGAAUUACAUGGUACUUGUGGGUGACCAUGUGCCUAAGGGCAUGAUGGUAGCCCCUGCACUAAAUUGCCCUGAAGGGUUGGGUAAAUACUUGUACUGUGUGCACUGAGACUGAGGACUAGUGUAUGUAGUGUCACUGGUGCUUCAAAUAUUAUAGAAUCUUGAGGGCUUGUAUUCAGCUGCAGCUGGACAAAACGUUUUCAUCACCACUGUUCUGCAGCUACUGUCCAUAGUACAGGUCUCUUGGAUUUGGCUCAUUUCCUUGGUACACCAGAUGUCUCAUCAGAAUUGUUUUAAUCUCAUGUCUCAAUGUUUUACUGUUUAUUUAAUGAAAUGUGGCGUGUGCUGAACAGAACAAUUUUGUAACUUGGUGAUGCAGCAUGAGCACUGGAAUGUAAGAUAUUGCUUAACUUGGUGUGCUAGCCUAUUUCCUGCUAAAGUCUCUUGAGCUCUUAAUGCAGGGUUUUAGCUAUGUGGGUAUUGCCAAUGGAGAUCAUUAAUGUACAGCAUCUGUAUUUCUAAUUUGAAGAGAGAAAAAAAAUCAACACACCACAUCCCAACAAAAUUGUUUAUGUAGAAAAUUGUUGUCAUUAAAUAUUGUGCAUUGUAAAUAUCAAGGAUGCUGAUAGUAUUCUGUAAAAUUGGCUAUAUGCGUUAUUGAAUAGUUUCUAGACAAAAAAAAAAAAAGAUUUAAGGCAAUUGUGAUUGUGCUGCUAUUUUGUAAAUACUGUCAGAUAUGCUGAGAACAUCAUGCACACACAAAAGCAUGCUGUUGAUUUUAGAACAUAAUAUAAAGGUGCUCCUAGAGAUUAAUGUUUGACUCUAGCUGAUUGCACAGUACAUA